AUGAUUUCGGCACAAGCGCUUGCGCUCUGUGCCUUGGUCGUCACUGUCUUUGGACAGCCGUCUUUCAAAAACCGUGGUUUUGGACGCACUUUUGACGACUAUCCACGAGGCGUUUGUGAAUGGAACUCUACGACAGGUGAAAUUUUCAUCGAUAUGAAAGUCUUAGCAGAAUUCUCCAGCAGCGCAAAAAAAUUGUCAGUUUGUCGUCUCUCAAGAUUUUUUAGACCCUUUUCUUCAUCAGUUAUUGACAGUUAAGCUAAUCUGACUCUCCGAAAAUAAUUCAGGAUCACACUAUCAUUUCAGAAGCCGAAGGACCGUUCCUUUCGUUGAGAGUGGAAUGUUGCGAUGAACGCUUAGAAAAAGUAAUGAGAGACGCAAUAAAUCUCGGAAUACACACACCGAAGCUGGGAGAUGCGGCGAAGGUAAAUUUCAGCCAGAUUCGUAAAAUAUUCCUUUUUUAGUACAUUCAAAGGCGCGCCCAAUUGACCUUUGGCCGAACUUUCGAAACAAUCGUCUCUAAAAAGAAUUUUGCCAUAUCUUCGCAUUACCACGGUCCAUAUUCCUGCAAGAUUCAUGAUAGUCUCUAUUAUUAUCUUGUCUAUGCCACUCCACAGAAGGUGAGCUUUUUCGAAAUUCCGUCAGAUCAAUGACCAAUUGAGAUCAGGGAUAAAAAGAUUCAGUCGCUUUUGUCGUAUCAAUUCGUUUCGUCUCACUUUCUGAAUUCUUUGAAACAAUCAUGAAAACAGGAUCGAAUUGUUUAAAUUCGAGUUCUGUAUUUUUCAAAUUAAGUUAACUUUUCAGCAGAGAUUAGAGUUUUUAUGAGCUGCAAAUUUUUCUGAAAGAAAAGAAAAACACGAACUUUGCAGUUCAUUACCGCUUCUGGACUGUACCAGUGAAAACGUAUUUUUGCACUCCUUCCCUAAUUUUUUUCUCAAAAACCAAUUUUCAGAAAAAUAUCUCUUUCAUUUUACCAUGAGAGUAGUCUGAUAAAGAGAUGAGGAUGAUUAUCAUUCUGAUUUUUAAUAAUAAUAAAGAGAUGAGGGUGAUUAUCAUUCUGAUUUUUCUUUUUCUGAUCAAAUUCAAAAAAAAAAACUUCAGAAUUUGGAGUAUGGAUGAAGAAUAACCGUUAAAAGGCUUUGUGUAUUUUGAAUCCAUAUUGAAUUCUCAACGAACGCAAUCAGAAAAUUGAAUCUGACCCUUCUCCUCGUUUUUUGGCCAUUUCUGCGGCUGGCGUUAACCUAUUUUGUCAAUAUUCCCUUUCCCGAUUUGUUGCGGGAGUCAAUUAAGUUCAAGAAAAAAAAAAUGAAAGUUGAAACAAUCUUGUCCUUCAAACCUAUUAGUCUGUGGUGUUAGAUGUCAGGAAUUUUCUCUUCGACUAAUAGAAUUAAACCUUUCUUCAGGAUUUUUUAUCUGACGUUCCCAAAACCUUUUCCGUUGACAGGGAUGCUUUCGAUUUAUCGUAUCGGGAAAAAAAAAACAGCAGACGUACUUAGAAAUACGAGGGAAAUGAGGUCUUUCGGAAUCGCUAUCCCAAGAAGAAUGAAGUUCAAGAAGAUGACCGCGAACUAAUCAACAUCUGUUCUUCGUUCUCCCUUUCCCUCGAUUCCUGUUCGCGCUACAAUCUGUUCCUUAAGGCUAGAGAAAGUUGAUAAGAACUAACGUGAUAAUCGCCAAUUAGGGUUGCUUCUUCAACAGUAUGUUGAAUUAUUUAGUAUAGUUUAACCGCUUACAAAUGAAAUAGAAAGGGCCUUGGCUAUUCUCUUCACUUGAAACUCAUUUUUUUAUUGUACUUUUUUUAACUCGUGAUUCAUCAUUGUCGACUCAUCGCUUUGUGCUGGAAACCUUCCUAUAAGAGAUACUAUAAUUUGGAAAAAAGUUCUAGAAGACGAAUCUUUGAUAGUUACUUGGAUAAAACAAUGAAAUAUGAAGCCAACCUAAUGCUUUUAGUAUGACGCCUUCGAUUUGUUCUCUGAAGAGCUUUUGUCGAGUAUCGACGCAGAGGAACCUCUUGGUGGUACGAAGCCGGACAACGUCCGCGGUGAUUACCCCGAUGUUCGAGAGGAUUCCACCGCCGGCGGUUGGUUUUCCAUAUCAAUGACGAUUUACGAUGGAUUUUUUAAGAAGAUCUUUCGGUUCAACCAGACAUUCACAGCAUCGACGGCUUUCAAAACAAGUUCCAGUUUCCUGAUCCAGGUAAUUUGGAUUUUCCAUUGGGAAAAUGGAACUCGAGUAGAAAAGUCGUUCAAACGAGUGAUUAUAUAAAAAAAAAUACGUCUUAACUAGGGAACUACUCGGACUCGGGUACCCGUUUCGAGUUGAAACUUUGGUGGCUCAUGGACCCGGGUAAGAUUACUUGGAAACAAGAGAGAUUAUCUGCUAAACCCCAUGGGCUUCUAAGAAAAAGCUUUUUCAAAAUGAACAAUUUAGGCUUGAAAAUUAUCAAAUAUUUGCUUUCCUCGUUCUUUUGACUGGAAAAAAGUUUUUUAGAGUUUAUCAUAGCCGGAUCAUUCAAGGCGAUUGUAUUAAAAUAUGAAAUAAGGUAAAAAGCAGUAUUCUGAAAAAUUUCAGGCCUAAUUUUCACAUUUUCUACUAAUUUUUUCUCGGUUCUCUAUUGGGUUUAGCAGAUAUUCUCACUUGUUUUUCAAGUAUUCUUACUUAGGUCUAUAAACCACUAAAGUUUCAACCUGAAACCCGUACCCGAGUCCGAGUAGUUCCCUAGUAAGAUAUAUUGGUAAAAGAAGUUUGACAUAAGUGUAAAUAUUCAAUAGUCACCGUCUUUCGACUUCUAAAAAAUGUUUCCGUUUGACGUGCAGAUUCCUUCUCACACUGGACUGUUUAACUGCACCUUUUUGAAAAUAAGUAUAUAGAAAAAAAUGCACGCAAAAAAAUAGAAUAUUUUUCCAGAAAUCCUCUAAAAAGAGAAAAAAAGUCUAUGAUUUAUACCCUUUUCCCGAAGAGAUCAAAUGAAAAGAUAUGAAAAAAAGUUGGCCUUACCGGCUUUCCGAAGUCCACUUUGACAAAAAUUUCUAGCCGCCCUCAUAAAAUCCUAAAAAAGUUAAAGUUGUUUUUCAUUUUUCUAUACUUCUUCAAUUUGAAGAUUGUUUCAAUCAAAGCUCAUUUUAGACGAUGAAAUGUCAAAAGCGGCUGGGCUGAUGGCCGAACAAAUUGCGCUCGAAGAGAUGAUGAUGACCGCAACAACUCUGGCGGAUUCAAUGGAAAUGUUCAACGUAACUGGAAACUCAACUGAAGAAGCCGCUCCAGGCCCCAAGCCAAUCCCUCGUGUUUUCGAUAACCUCAGAGAAGCGGAUCGUCUUCCGCCUGACACUCAUUGUGACAAAAAUCGAACAGAUGGUUGGUACCUCGAAAAUAGAGAUACAGUUCUUUGAUUACAGGUAAUAGAUGUUGUGAUGGGCCGUUGGCAUCUACAAUGCGCGAUGCCAUGCGGCUUCUGGCCACUGCUCCUUCUUUUGGUGUUGGAAAGGAAGCUGUAAUGGCUGGAGUAAGUGAAAAAUUUCAUUUGCAAAUACAAAACACGGUCUUUCAGGCCAUUCAAAAACAAGUGCAACAGCGAUUCAAAAAGUCUUACGAAGUAAUUGUUUCUCAAAACGAUUUUGUGUUUGCCUCUCAUCUUAUUGGGAAAAACGUCUGCAAAUUUUACUUCAAAGACUUCUUUCUCCUUGCCUACGCCACACCAAAACAGGUCAGGAUCUGCAUUUAUAACAAACCCUAAAAAGAUAGCCCAACUUCUUCGGCUCUCUGGAGAUUUUCACAAACAUCUUACGGGAGGUCGUGUCUACGUUAGAUGAUUUUUUGUAUUUUUUCCAAAAUGAUUCCAGAAAACAAAGCACCUAUUUGUCAGCUUUUUUCGACAGUUUCAUUCGAAUGAUCAAAUUUUUGCAGUAUGAUAUUGACGAUAAAGAAAAAGAAGAGUACUUUCUCGGCGUUUCACGAGAUGAGCCUUUGGGAUCAACAGACAUAAAGCUCCCGAAACAAAAAUCAUGGCACACGCCCUUGAGUAUUGAGGGCGAAGGCCCACGAGCCGGCUAUCCAGUCGGCUCUCAUUGUACUGAAGUUAGAACAGGUAACUUUUGUACGAAAUCUCAGAAAAAAAAAUCCAUUCUUAGGAUCUAAGUGCUGCAGUUUGACUGUUUUCAAUGCAAUGCACAGCGCUUAUGACAAGUUCAGAAUGAAAGAAAAUUUUGAUCCUUACAAUCUCCGGGCCAUCGCAAAGGUCGUUCUUAUUUUUCCAUUCCAUGAAGGAGACCACGGUCGUUUCAGGCCAUACAAUACGAGGUGGAAGAAAAAUUAAAAUAUGCAGCCGAAGUAAUUGUUUCCCUCGAUGACUUCGUUAUCGCAACCCACCACGAAAACGAGUUCACGUGCAAAUAUCGAGUGGACAAGUACCAUUUGUUGGCUUACACCACUCCUCAAGAAGAGUACAUAAUCGUGGAAGAAGAUGAUCCGCAAGCCAUUUCGGACUCGACUAGAGAGCUUGAAUCAGCUAAUGAUCCUGAAAUACCUAUGAUGCACACCGGAUUUUUCGAUCCUUUUUCCUCGGACAACAAUUUGAAAAGAUGGAAACGACAAGCCCUUGGAGCCACUCCAGUCAGUUGAAUUUUUACGUUGUAUUAACAUGCAUUAUUUUUUUUUUUAACAUCUCAAUAAGCAAAAAAAAAAUUUCCUCAAAAACGCUUCAUAAACGUCCAUUGAUAUCUCAAAAAGAAUCCGUACUUUUGGAAACCUGUUCAAGCUUUUCAACACAGGAAAAAACGAUAGGAAUUCUCAAAAUAAACGGAAUUUCAGUACGAACUCCACACAAACAUUUUCAAUGACAUUGGUAGCGCUGUGCCUAUUAACUGUCCCGCAGGAGCCGCUGGUCUUGCAGGUUUCCACUUCAUUGCUAUGUUCUCUUCGAAAAUCUCAGUUUAGGUGGAGCUAGUUGUGAUGGAGGGUUACAAUAUGAAGUGAUCAAAGCUAUCGAUAUGGCGAAAGAACAGCCAGAUUUCAACAAGUUUGAUACGAGAAGUAUUGCCAAAGUUUGUAAUUUGAUCCUCCGAAUCUUACUCCAAUUCUUUCCAGUCACUUACGCGGAGCAUUCAAAAGCGAUUUGACACGACUUUCGAAUCGAUCGUGGCUCAAGCCGAUUUCACUUGGGGCACUAAUAAAUUCAACGCGCACACUGUUAAAAUUGAUGUAAAUGGAUACACAGCUUUAUCUUAUCAAUCAAGCGCCAAUGUAAGUCUGAAAAAAAAUUUGGACAAACAAAGUAUUUUUCAGCCACCGCCAGCUACCGAUUUCAUCGACAUUGUAAUUUUUUUUUUGAACUUCUUGAGACGCGAAAUAAAUUCAUUUUUUUUUCAGCCAAACGAUCCUAGUUUGGGCGGUCCCACUGGUCCCCCAGGUUCAGGCGGAGGCGGAGGCGGCGGUGGCGGUGGCGGCGGCAAUGGAGCUGGAGCUGGUGGAGGCGGAGGCGGCGGGGGUGGAUCUGGUGGAGGAGGAUCUGGAGGAUCAGGCGGAGGCGGCAAUUCUGGUGAGUUCAGAUCUUCGAUGAAAAAAUUAUUUUACGCUAACUAUGAUUAUUGGAAAUUUUUUCGUAAAAGUUCAUUUUUUAACAGAAGUUUCUACGAUAAUGUUGAAAAUUUAAGGAAGCGGCUCUGGAUCAGGUAGUGGUUCUGGAGGAGGAGGAAGCGGUUCUGGCGGCGGUGGUUCCGGAGGUGGAGGAGCAGGAGGAGCAGGAGGAGCAGGAGGAGCAGGAGGAGCCGGAGGAGCAGGAGGAGCAGGAGGAGCAGGAGCUGGUGGAGCUGGAGGAGCAGGAGCUGGAGGAGCAGGAGCUGGUGGAGCUGGAGGAGCAGGAGCUGGAGGCGCUGGCGCAGGGGGUGCUGGAGCAGGAGGAGCUGGAGCUGGAGGUGCUGGAGCAGGUGGGGCUGGAGCUGGAGGCGCUGGUGCAGGAGGAGCUGGAGCAGCAGCUGCUGCUGCCGCUGUAAGUUCAAUUCAAAUUAACGUUUUCAUCAAUAUAUCAAAGUAAUUAAUGAGGAAUUCACAUCAUUUCACAAUGAAGGCUUGGAUUUCAGGCAGCCGGAGGUGCUGGUGCGGCUGGCGGAGCUUCUUCUUCUUCUUCUGCUGCUGGAGCGGGUGCCUGUUUUUCUACCGACACUUGGGUGACGACUCCGACUGGCAAAAAAAGAAUGGACCAGCUCCAAGUUGGCGAUUAUGUUCUGACGGCCAACUUGACGUCUGUAAGUCGUUUCAUGUUUUCAAAUUAGUGAUUUCGCAGGAAUGAAUCAAUUGAGAAUUUUCAGACUUUUUAUUCGCCCAUCACGCUUUGGAUUCAUCGGGAGCCAGAGCACAUCACUGAAUUUGUGACCAUUAUGACUGACUUUGGGAAGAUGCUUGCUCUUACAGAGCGCCACUUUAUUUUCCGAACGAAAUGCGGCAGUGAGUUAUUGCCAUAUAGGAAAGUGGCGAAGAUGCGUCAGAAUAUGUUCAGAACGCUUCAACGAAUACAUAAAAACCUUGCCUGGCGAAGACCACGCAGUGUAUGCCAGAGACUUGAGAGUUGGUGACUGCGUGAUAGUCUUGCAUCAGGUGAGGCUUCAAGUGUUGGUUUUCGAAGCAAAAAUUUCUCAGGGUCGUUACCGACAACAAAGAAUUCAAGAAAUUGAAUUGACGAAGAGAAAAGGAAUUUUUUCGCCUCUGACGACCAACGGGCGAAUCAUUGUGAAUGACAUGCUGGCUUCUUGCUACAGCGAUGUCAAUCAGAGCAUCUUACAAACCACAUUCUUCUGGGUAUCAAAUUAUUGUUUUUUUGGCUCUCGAUUUUGAAAUUAAGGCUGUCGGACAAGUGAGGCAGCGGAUCAAUGACUUUUUGGGCAACGUUCUACAAAAGACUGUUUGUUUGAUUCAGUUUUUCAAAAAAGCUAACUUUUCUUCAGGUCGAUCUGCCGAUUGGAACGCAGCUUUCUUUAGAACUCUUCCAACUUGUAGUUCCGUUCAGGAAAUAG